AUGUUUAUGGAUAGAAUAAAUUCUGAGUCUUCUGUGGCCAUAUCGGUGAGGAGCCCAUCGCCAAUCCCAUCGGAGGCACAGUCACCACCCCACGACUUGAACAUAUCUAUUCGACUGUCCACCCCCAAGCGUGAUUUGGCCUCAGACAUUAGCACAAGCUCCAGCCUCAGCUCAAGCAAUGCCUCUCUAAGUAGCUUGCCGAGAUCUAGCAAGAGGUCUUCUUCAACAUCGAAUGACUUGAUAUAUGAACGGGAUAGGUUUAGGGCAAGGCUCCACACCUUAAAUGGGAGCUCAUGCUUUCUGACCGAACCCGAGGACGCUGCAACUUGUGACCAGGUCUGCGAAGUAUGUGACGAAGUAGGGAGGAAAACAACUAAAUUGAUGAGCGAGAGAGAUACUGAUGAAAGCGAGAAAGAAAUAGAGACGGGGGAUGAAGGUGAAGUAGAAGAAGGGGAAGAAGACGGAGAGGAAGAAGUAGGUGAAGAAGAAUCGGAAGCUGUUGAUUCGGAGUCGUUUGGUUCAACUUUGACAAUGUCCAGCGGAAUAUCUCCCUUGGAUCCCCAGUCGUCAUUUUACGCCUCAUUGAAGCCUGUAGACUCAUCCAGUUUACAUCUUAAGCAUAUGUCGUUCUCUCAGGUGGAACAAGUCUUUUCAUGGUACUUUAACAGACCGCUUCCUCCUACCGAUGUCAUGUUUCCGUGGCUACAUGGCUUGCAUAUGGAUAACUUCGCUCAAAGGCAGUUCUUUGUCUACCAACAGCAACAACAGCAACAACAACAGCAGCAAAACAAACAAGUUCAAGUAAGCGAGAGCCAUUAUGCAAGCACACUGUCUAAUUACCAGGACAUCUCCAGAAAACCAGAAGGUUCACGCUUUCUAAUGACAAUAAAUGCUGACCACCAUAUUCCCAAGGGAGGCAGAGGAAGAUCUAACUCCACCGAUGAAUACGGAGAUAAGUCAUUUGCAUAUCUGCCUGUGUUGAAGAAUAGCGUAUCUCUAUCUGAGAUUCUUCUGCCCAUAGACAUUUCCAGAGUGGAAAUGGUAGAGAUGAUUGAGUCGCUUGUGCUAAAGUUGUUUCCAGAAGAGUUAGGUGACGACGAAAAGCAAGAAUUGGUUAAUCAGUUCGUAAGCGAUUGUAUUAAGGUUAACCAUUUACCCACGUUUCUCUAUCUUGAUCCAGAUACGGGAGUAUCGCUACGGAACUUCCACAUUCAAGUAUCCAAGCUGGCGACAUUCUCAGAUUUUGUCAUCUAUCGUUAUAACACUGUGACUCCGACUUCCGAAGAGAAGGUGUGUGACGAUCUGAAGGAUAGUAUGAGCUAUUCGAUUGCAAGAGUACUAUGGUUGGCCCAAAGAAAUGAAUCAUUCGUAAAUGGUCUCUCAGCCACUUCGCCAUAUAAUAUAUUUGUCGCCAAUGAGAUCAUGGAUAUCAAGGAACUUGUAAAAUCAUACAAUGACCUUUUCACAGUGAAGCCGAGUAACACAUUACCAUCGGCAUUUCAUGCUGCAUCUAUUACUGCAUAUCGCCACACCAAUCACAAUAUAAGCAGUGCUUAUACUUCAACUGAUGAUGGUGAAAAUUUUCAUUUUGAUCCGUCUGUAUUGACCAGCUUGGCAAUAUGGGAUGGUGAUUAUCAAGUGAAGGAGAGACUAGAGACUAUUACAAUGUCAUCUGCGACUAAGAUUAGUAAAAACGUAUGGAUAGGGAAUAUUUGGGACUGCCAUAUAAUGAUGGAAUCAUUGAAGCACAAGACCAACAACUUUUACACUGAAUUAGUUGCUUCUGAUUAUGGACACAAGUAUUGUAGUCCAGAUAAUCUGGUAAUAAUCAAAGAUUUAACCAAAUUUUCUAAUCCUAAUGAAAUCCUCAACCACCUUUCAAAGCCAAGAGCUAAUUGGAGAUUGUUUGUCCAUUGUAAUGACAGAGCUAAUUUCCCUGCCCUUUCUACCCUCAGUAAUUUGUUGUUUCAAUUCAGCAUCUCACCAAGAAUAAACUCUGAUGCUGAUUCAGAAGAAUAUCACGUUAUAGAAUUUCCCCCUUCUGGAUCUGUCGGUUUGGGUAAUUGCAAAGUUGAAAACUUAAUGUCCAUCAUUAAUUUAUGCAAAUUAUUGUUCCUUUUCAGUUCAUCAACACUGAAGGCACAAGGUGUCAUGCUGUCUUUAAUAUAUUGCUCUGAUGGGUUCACCGAGCUGUCAUUAAUUGUUUUGUGCUAUCUAAUUUACUCUGAUAACAUAAGGCUUGAUCAGGCAAUGCUCAAGCUUCACUUAGACUUUGGCAGACCAUUCUACAUAUUUGGUAGCGAUGUGCAAAUCUUAAGAAAGUUAGAACCUUUAUUAAGAAAGUUUAGCCCCCUGAAUCCAUCUAAUAAAGGUAACAUAUCAUGGGGAGAAUUAGAAGUGCUAAGUAAUGAGGAGAUUAAUGACUUUCUAUUGGGUAGUAAUGCCAUGAACCAAAGCGUUAGGCUAGGCUACAUAGAUAAUGGUGAUGAUGAUGAGAAUGAAAAUGAAAAUGAGGAAGAAGAUGAAGCGGGAACAAGCGACGAAAAGGACGAUGUUGAAAUUGAUGAGGAAACUAACAGUGAUUCAGACAGUUCUCUAGUUCACAGCUUCAUCAAGAAAAAUAUUUCCAAGCCUCAGUCGAGUUUAAACCAAACCUCUAGAUGGGUGGAAGACGUUGAAGGCUCGCUCCCAUCAAGAAUACUAUCGUACCUUUACCUUGGGUCGUUAAAGCAUGCUAAUAACUUGACACUCAUGAGUAGGCUAGGAAUCCAGCACAUAAUAUCUGCUGGCGAACAGCUAGACUGGAUUCAUGGGUAUAAAUUCAGAGAAGUUUAUGACGUUGAGAUUGAGAAGAUAAACGAUGGCAGUAUUGAAAUCUACAGAAUUAGCAAAAAAGAAGCUCCAGAGAAGAAAAAGGCGAAGAAGAACGAGUAUCCUUGCUCUAUUACUACAGUUAUGAAAGUAAACAAUCUUCAAGACGAUGGCAUCGAUGAGCUUUCUACUUCUUUGCCUACCGUCCUCGCGUAUAUUAAUGAAAGAUACGAGGAAGAGAAGAAUGGGGAAGGAGGUAAAAUCUUGGUUCAUUGCCGCGUGGGGGUUUCUAGGUCGGCCACCAUAGUGAUAUCUGAGGUAAUGAGAAGACUCAACAUUAACUUGGCAAGAGCUUAUCUUUACGUGCGUGUCAGGAGAUUGAACAUUGUCAUACAACCGAAUUUACGAUUUAUGUACGAGUUAUUUAAGUGGGAGGAAAAGGUCAAAGAAGAUAAGAGGCUAGUGGGUGAUGUGGAGCCAGAGCCGGAGAAAUUGAGAGAAAUUGACUGGUUUGUGAUGUGUAGGGAGAUCAUGAGAUUGAACUUCCCAUAUUUAAACUCAUGA